AUGGCUUCAGAAGGAGCAUGGCCAGUGCUGGGAACGGAUGUGACCGUGAACCCCGGUGCCUCCUUGUCUACUUUCACGGCAGUGCCCUUCCCUCCACCCAUUCCUGGCGCCCAGCACCGGCCACCCUGGCAGCAGCACCUGCCACGUCCCCUCACCCCAGCAUUCCCUCCUGGCAGCAGCCUGCUGCUGCCAGCUUUCCCCAGGACGCCUUUGGUGGCUAAUGGUGGCCGUGGCCCCAGUGCCCCUGGGGCUUGCAACCUCACUGUCCAAGUCAGGUCACAAGGGAGGCCAGUGGAGGCCCCCCAGACUCAGACCUUUGUCGUUACUCAGGCCCCCCUCAACUGGAGCGCUCCAGGGGCCCUCAGCAGGAGUGCUGCAUGUCCUGCACCCGUAUUCAUAGCAACCCCUGUGAUGGGGACCGUUGUGACUGCUCCAGCUGUUGGAGUUAGUCAGGCUGGCAAGGGAGGCUGGACCCCAGGCUUUCCUCCUCAAGCUCCACCACCAGCUGCCCAGCUGGCCCCUAUCAUUCGCCCAGUGAACUCUGGGCCAUGGCCACAUGGCACUUCCAGGGAGGGCCGCCUGGCCACCAACCAGUCCAACGCCUCGCAGGAUGGCUCCUCUAACCCCCAGAGAGAGUACAGUAACUUCCGACGUUGGCAGCGCUUCAAGCCCCUGGCCCGGAGACACUUUCACCUGAGUCCUGAUGCAGAAGCUUUUUCCUGCUUUCUCAUCCCAGUGCUUCGAUCCGUGGCCCGCCUGAAUCCCAACAUGCCGCUGGAGGAGGGACUGUGGAGGGCCGUGCAGGAAUGGCGGCGCUUGAGCAACCUUGACCGGAUGAUCUACUACGAGAGGGCGGAAAAGUUCAUGGAAUUUGCGGCCGAGGAGGAGACGCACAUUCAGCAUUUGCAGUGGAUGCAGUGCGCGCAGGACCUGCCUCCUCCAGCCCCACCGAAGCUGGAUCCUCGGGGGCCCCCAGCCCCGAAACCACACAGAUCCCAGUGGCCCCCGGAGCCCAAGGCGCCCAAGGAGAUUCCCCCUGAGACUGUGAGGGAGUAUGUGGACAGGAUGGAGGCGCUGGUGGGGCACGUCCACUCAGCCACAGGCAAGUCACCUGCAGAAUGUGGAAAGGACGGAAAUGAGCUGAAGCAGGAAGAGGACGACACCUACUUGGACCCGUGUCUCUUGAGCUACACUGACGAGCUGCGUUCCCGGGAACACUCUGUCACCAAGGUGGAGGCAGUCAUUCAUCCUCGAUUCCCGGCAGAAUUGUUUUCCCCGGACCCACAGCUGGAUGUCUUGGCCCUUGCUGAGGAGCUGAAGCAGGAGGAAGGACUCACCCCUGAAGAACUGGUGCAGAAACGACUCCUGGCCUUGAAAGAGGACAAGGGUGGGCCGGCAGACCUGAGCCACAGUGCACCCGGAAUGGGCUCAAGUCCAUCUGAGUCCCACGCCGGCCAAGGUGCCCAGAGGCACGACCAAGACCGCCAUCGAGGGGUCAGUGAUGAAGCCUGCCCACCAGAGAUUGAUUUUGAGGCUCUUCAUAGGCCCAUCCGAACAGACACUGGCUCGUUCGUGCUCAGAGUCUUUGUUCCCUCUCGAGGACGUCAGGCUGGCAAGGGAGGCUGGACCCCAGGCUUUCCUCCUCAAGCUCCACCACCAGCUGCCCAGCUGGCCCCUAUCAUUCGCCCAGUGAACUCUGGGCCAUGGCCACAUGGCACUUCCAGGGAGGGCCGCCUGGCCACCAACCAGUCCAACGCCUCGCAGGAUGGCUCCUCUAACCCCCAGAGAGAGUACAGUAACUUCCGACGUUGGCAGCACAUCAGGCCCCUGGCCCGGAGACACUUUCACCUGAGUCCUGAUGCAGAAGCUUUUUCCUGCUUUCUCAUCCCAGUGCUUCGAUCCGUGGCCCGCCUGAAUCCCAACAUGCCGCUGGAGGAGGGACUGUGGAGGGCCGUGCAGGAAUGGCGGCGCUUGAGCAACCUUGACCGGAUGAUCUACUACGAGAGGGCGGAAAAGUUCAUGGAAUUUGCGGCCGAGGAGGAGACGCACAUUCAGCAUUUGCAGUGGAUGCAGUGCGCGCAGGACCUGCCUCCUCCAGCCCCACCGAAGCUGGAUCCUCGGGGGCCCCCAGCCCCGAAACCACACAGAUCCCAGUGGCCCCCGGAGCCCAAGGCGCCCAAGGAGAUUCCCCCUGAGACUGUGAGGGAGUAUGUGGACAGGAUGGAGGCGCUGGUGGGGCACGUCCACUCAGCCACAGGCAAGUCACCUGCAGAAUGUGGAAAGGACGGAAAUGAGCUGAAGCAGGAAGAGGACGACACCUACUUGGACCCGUGUCUCUUGAGCUACACUGACGAGCUGCGUUCCCGGGAACACUCUGUCACCAAGGUGGAGGCAGUCAUUCAUCCUCGAUUCCCGGCAGAAUUGUUUUCCCCGGACCCACAGCUGGAUGUCUUGGCCCUUGCUGAGGAGCUGAAGCAGGAGGAAGGACUCACCCCUGAAGAACUGGUGCAGAAACGACUCCUGGCCUUGAAAGAGGACAAGGGUGGGCCGGCAGACCUGAGCCACAGUGCACCCGGAAUGGGCUCAAGUCCAUCUGAGUCCCACGCCGGCCAAGGUGCCCAGAGGCACGACCAAGACCGCCAUCGAGGGGGUCAAAGGCGCACUGGCCCUCUACUGGGACCCAGGGAUGCGUCUGUUCUCAGAGAGGCGUCUCCUGUUCCGGAGGCCCGAGGGCCCAGGGACACGUCCAGUGAGGACGAGGAGGCGCUCCCCAGCCUGGCCUCCCUCUUGGCCUCUCCGCAGAGCCUGCCGCCUUGCGGGCUGUCCCAGAGUCCUGCCCCGGCCUCAGGCCUGGCCUCCCCUGGAGGUUGGGGGGCCCAGAGUGCUCCACAGGCCCCCUCCCCUCAGAGAAGAGGCCCCAGCCCAGCUCCACCAGCUGCUCCCAAGUCGAGGAAGCGGGCUCUGUGUGGGCGCCCAGCCGCUGCCGAGAAGCUGCCCAUCCCCGGGGCUGGCCACGGGGUCUCUGCGAGGCCAGCCUUGGCUCUGGGGCUGGCUCGCCCCUCACAGCCGAGAAAGAGAAAGCGUGACCCGUUUGUCACAGGGAAGAGGAGGAAGAAGAGGAAGCACUGCAGCCAGUAG